AUGGAAAUUUACAUUCAAGUUUCUUUUACGCACAUAGGUGGCCUUGGUGCAUCUACUAUACUUGGAGGCCUGGACCCCAAUGAAUACUCGGGAAAGAUGAUUUCAUUUUUAGACCCAGUUCUUCCCAGUGCAUCUCGUACUGACUUUAUUAAGUGUUGGCACGCUAAGACUGACGGCUGGGCGGCAUCGAAAUUCCACAGCAACUGCGAUGGGAGGGGACCUACAGUGACAAUCAUCAAAGUGAACGAUUACAUAUUUGGUGGAUAUACUGAUGUGUCCUGGAGCGGAGCUGGUUCUUGUGCAGGUCAUUCCUACGCCAGUAAAGCUUUCAUCUUCUCUCUCUAUAACGUUAAAGGAUACAAUCCCGUAAAGUUGACACAAUACCGAAAUCAGCAAUAUGCAAUGUACAGAUGUAAUUCGUAUGGACCCAUCUUUGGCGCUGGGUGUGGUUAUUAUGAUAUCUACAUAUCCGACGACUCUGGAAACAACCAGAACUCCUACACUAGAUGCGGUUGUACGUACACGAAACCCUCAGGGUACUCAACUGGUGACUGUGGUUUUUUUACAGGGGGGUCUCAUUUCUCUCCAACGGAUGUCGAAGUAUUCUAUGAAGCAGAUUUUAAUGAAUGUAACCGAGACGUUACAAUUCACAGACCCAAUCUUUCGACGCUCCUGUCUAGUGCAUUCAUCAGGGAUGAUGAUGAAGACACUAGACAGGAGUGUUGA